AUGAUUGGCCCGGAGUGGUUGCCCCGUCUUGCAGGUGUGAUUGUCUUGCCUCCCUCGGGUCCUCUAAUCUCAAAAAUCCCCGACUUUCCUGCUCUUCCCAGCUCCUUCCAAAAACCUCAAGAUACCACCCAAACCAUUCGACUACCGACAGAACUUCCCCCCCUCGAGAACUCGGUCUCUAUGCAACCUGAUCUUCAGGCACAGAUCGACCAAGCAUUAUUCGACUACGACAACAUGGCGUCGGCCCCACAGCUAGAAAAAUUGCAUCAAAUCUUAAUGCUGUACACACAGGGGGAUGAACACGCGGUGGAGGGGAUAAAACUGACAUACAUUUCUCUCUCGUCCGCACAAGCUAAGAUCAGGGAACUCGACCUAUUACAACAGACAUUGCACAGGUUGCCGGCUCAGAAAAUCGGAGACCAGUUCCAAAAGAUCAACGACGCCUUGAUGGAGCUUACCAGACUGCUCUUUCCAAUCGACCCGGAGAUGGCUUGCGAGUUGGUCAAGGAGCAGUAUCGCUGCGAAAUGCAGUGA